AUGAGUGAAGUUACCAACAUCCAAGGAGAUCAGAUCCUGGAGCAGCUUCCUUUUGCCAGACAAGAAGCACAGAUGAUUGGGCAGAUUCUUAAUACCGCUCCUCUCACUGGAAAAUUGGCAACCAAAUGUGAAGUGCUGAAACAGAUUUGUUCGGUUGCCGUAGUACACAUUGCUGCACAUGGACACAUGGAAACUGGAGAAAUAGCGUUGAGCCCAAAUCCUGAAAGAAGAUCAAAGAUCCCUCCAGAAGAAGAUUACAUUUUGACAAUGACCGACGUGAUGAGUGUUAAGCUGCGAGCCAAGCUAGUAGUCCUUAGUUGCUGUCACAGUGGUCGAGGAGAGAUCAAAGCUGAAGGCGUGGUCGGUAUUGCACGUGCCUUUAUGGCUGCUGGUGCUCGUUCUCUUGUGGUUUCGCUUUGGGCCAUCGAUGACGAGGCCACGUUCGAGUUCAUGAAAAGCUUCUACCACAACCUUGUUAAAGGGCGAAGUGCGAGCGAGUCCCUUAACCAUGCAAUGAAAUGUCUUAAAGAAUCAGAGAAGUUCAGCAAUGUAAGAUACUGGGCGCCUUUUACACUUAUUGGCGAUGACGUUACUCUCUCGACAAACAAGAAGAAAUCAGGCGUUCAUAAAUAA